UCCCACUGUCACUAUCACGCUUUGAUAGAUGUCGUGACGCACAGACAAAAUCUCGUUUCCCCCCCUCGUGCCAGGCUGAUUUUACUUUUCGAUUAAAACGGAAUUGUUUUUGUUGUUUUAUUCAUUCUCCCGUGAUACAUUACUUUUGUCCGAACACUUUCAAGAGAUUUAUUUAGUGCUGAACAUGGCCACACUGGCUGCGCUGCUGCCCGCGACACCGAUGGCCCACGCGCCUCCGAUCUCGGUCAGCUCCUCGACCCCGGCGACCCUCUCGCCCUCACUGUCCGUCACCCCAUCCGGUCCGAGCCUCUUCAGAUCGGAACUGCUCUCCUCCGCGAGCCCGGGCAUCCCCAUCGGAAGCCUCCCGCACAAACCCGUGUAUUCCACUCCUUCCCCAGUGGAAAACACCCCUCAAAACAACGAGUGUAAAAUGGUCGAGGUCAGAGGCGCAAGGCUCGCAUCUUUCACCGUCAACGGCAACGAGCUCAUCUGCCUCCCGCAGGCGUUUGACCUCUUUCUCAAGCACCUGGUCGGUGGACUGCACACCGUAUACACCAAACUCAAACGUCUGGAGAUAACGCCUGUGGUGUGCAACGUGGAGCAGGUUCGCAUCCUUCGUGGACUGGGCGCGAUUCAGCCCGGAGUCAAUCGCUGCAAACUUAUAUCGAGAAAAGACUUCGAGGUCCUCUAUAACGACUGCACCAAUGCAAGUGACUCAAGUGGCAUGAUUAUAUCAGCCCAGAAACUCUCCACCUGUGAAGUGGAGCUUAUGCAGGUCUGCGUGUUCAUUAGUGUGUGCGUUUGCGAGAAACCAAGCAAGAAAAGUUCAAGUCGUGUGAAUGCUCGGGGUGAGAGGAGUCUGUCAGUGUGUGUUCUCGUUCUCUGA